AGCCCUAAUUUUUCUUCAUAUCUUUAAAUAAAAUAAGCGAUGAAAAUUCCGAAUGCCAUCAUUUUCUCAAGUUUCCUGUUUCCUCCACCCUUUCUCUCUCUCUCGUUCGCUGGUUCGCUCGGCGUUCGUUCGCUCUCUUCUUCUCUUCGCGUCUUUUUUUUUUUUUCCUCCCCUUCUCUCCACUCUUUUCCUUUCGAAAUUUUAAAACAAUGCCUGUAAGAUUUCUGUGCUCAUCUACCGAUCUCCACUAGGGUUAGGGUUUCAAUUUGACAUCUGGAGAUUUUGCUUUCUCAAUUUCAUUUUUUAUUUUUCCUGAAAGUUAGGUUUGAGUUUCUUUCUCUAAUUAAUUUUCGCGGGCACAGUUACCUUCGAAUCUAUAGAAAUAUUUUUGACCUUUUAUUCUGGAUUUUAGAGAUUGCAGACAUUGUUGAUGAGGGUUUCCGGUUAGGAUCGAGUUUGGAUCGGGAAGGUCUUAGGGUUCGAAGAUUUGGAUCCCAAGGUAGUUGCUCUUGGUGAAUUGUAGAGUUUGGGUUUUUUUUCAAUUCAUCAGUUGAAGAGAGCGGCAUUUGGGUGCAAAAGGUGGAAUUAUUGCGGGGAUUAAUAGGUGAUUGUGUGCAUCUUUUUGAGUCUGGUGAUCUUCUGGCUUGGAAUGCGUGAUUUGAGGGGUCCUCUGCGAAGCUGUGGAGGAUCCCGUUGCAGGAAGAAGCUCAAAUCAGGGCUGCGGGUUUUAUUUCCUUGGUGGAUUUUUGGUGCAACGGAACAUGCUCCAUUCGAUUCUCAGCUUCCAUGAGGUUUUGUGUUGAGGAGAAGUAUUGGAAUAGGAGAUGGUUGUUCGAGAGGGCUAAUACUUUUGUUUUCCGGAAGAAACCAGACGUAGCAGAAGAAUAUUUUCGGGCACUGUUUACUGGGUAAUUCUUGUUGGAAGAUUCUGAGAAAUGUUUUCACCCGGGAAAAAUCCUUCAAAAGAUGCAACUGGAGUCUCAGGUGGGGUGGUGAUUCCAAUGCGGUUUGUGUGGCCAUAUGGGGGGAGAAGGGUCCUCCUCACUGGAACUUUCACAAGGUGGACUGACCAUAUACCAAUGUCCCCUGUCGAAGGUUGUCCUUCUGUAUUUCAAACUGUAUGGAACUUGACACCCGGCAUUCACCAGUAUAAGUUCUAUGUUGAUGGGGAAUGGCGGCACGAUGAGCGGCAACCUUAUGUGGUGGGGAAUUAUGGGAUAGUGAAUACGUUGCUUCUUACUCAGGGACCUGAUCUUAUGCCUGCAGUCUUGAGCCCUGAGACACCUGGCAGCAGAAUGAACAUGGAUGUAGACUACGAAAGCUUCCAACGUGUGGCCACGUCAUCAGGUGCUGCCCUGCAGGAGACAACUUUGAGAGUUUCAGAGGCUGAUAUAGAGGUCUCUCGCCAUCGGAUUUCUUCAUUCUUGUCAAUGUAUACUGCUUAUGAAUUGCUUCCGGAGUCAGGAAAGGUCAUUGCUCUUGAUGUUAAUUUGCCUGUCAAGCAAGCAUUUCAUAUCCUAUAUGAGCAGGGAAUUCCUGUUGCUCCUUUAUGGAAUUCAUACCAGGGGCAAUUUGUUGGAGUACUCAGUGCGCUGGACUUCAUAUUAAUUCUCAAAGAGCUCAGUAGUCAUGGAUCAAAUCUAACAGAAGAGGAGCUUGAAACACAUACAAUAUCUGCUUGGAAGGAGGCAAAACAGCAACUCCAUAGGCAAAUGGAUACACAUGGAAGAACAUUUCAGAGGCAGCUAAUCCAUGCUGGUCCGUAUGAUUCAUUGAAAGAUGUAGCUUUGAAGAUUUUGCAAAACGAGGUUGCAACUGUUCCAAUCAUUCAUUCAUCAUCAUCAGAUGGGUCAUUUCCUCAGUUGUUGCAUGUUGCAUCUCUUUCAGGAAUACUAAAAUGUAUUUGCAGGCACUUUAAACAUUGUUCUAGUUCUUUGCCGAUUUUGCAACAACCUAUAUGUACCAUUCCUUUGGGCACAUGGGUCCCAAAAAUUGGGGAACCAAAUGGGAGACCAUUGGCAAUGUUGAGACCCAAUGCAACACUUAGUGCUGCUCUAUCACUGUUAGUGCAAGCUCGAGUUAGUUCAAUACCAAUAGUUGAUGACAAUGACUCUCUGCUGGAUACAUAUUCUAGAAGUGAUAUUACAGCUUUGGCUAAAGACAGAGCUUAUGCAUAUAUUCACCUUGAUGAAAUGAGCAUUCACCAGGCACUGCAACUUGGACAAGAUGCAACUGCACCAUUUGGAUUCUUUAACGGGCAGCGAUGCCAGAUGUGUCUUCGUUCUGAUACUCUGCAGAAAGUGAUGGAGCGAUUGGCAAGUCCUGGGGUCCGGCGUGUUAUCAUUGUGGAAGCUGGAAGCAAGCGUGUGGAAGGCAUUAUUUCUCUGAGUGAUGUAUUCAGAUUCGUGCUUGGUUGGCCUCAAGCAUCAACAAGUAACUUUUAGUUUAUAGUGGCUUGUCAACACAUUAUUCGCCUUCCAUCUUUAUUGGGCAAAUGGAAUCAUUUCUUCUUCUUCUUUUUCUUUUUCUGCUUUUAAUUUAAUAGGCGUCAUUGGUUUAGAGCCUGGUGUUCGUUGAGGAGACCACCAGAGGUCUGUAAAUGAGGAAUUUUCUUUUAACGCAGUUUCCCAUAAUUGCUGUUUCUGUAUGUGCUUUUCCUGGCUUAAAUAAUUAAUUAGACAAUAGAUCCAAA